AUGGCAAUGCGACGACGGCGUUUUUGCACCGGCCCAUUUAUUGCACAUAAUAACUGCAUUUGCCUCUCUAUUCAACCGUUUGUAGUGGAAUCUCUGGCGCGUCGGUUUCAGCGCUUCGCUCCGGGUUGGGUGCGGUUGUCGAAGGAGUCGUCAACAAACGGGUCUCACGCCUCCACUUCAUUGGAAUCCUCGCCAGGAUUACAGUGUGGCUGUAGUGUUGGGGUGUUUGAGAACUCCUCUGGGAUGCCCGUCAGUGAUGUGGAGGAGGGCCGCCGUGGGUUUCUUGGCUUUGGGCGUCGUGCCGGUCGUACCAUGCCAUUAAAUCCUCUUGCUGUUCUGCGUCCGCAGAGUGGAAAGGCAACGGAGGAUCGAAGGACCAUUCGUUUUCUUAAGGCUGUGCAGAUGCUGAACGGAAAGCGCCGUGCUGUGAUGAGCGGCUGA